GUGUGUAGGGGGUGAGAUAGUGGUGUCUUCUGCCAGACUAGCGGGAGCAGUGUUUAGGGGGUGAGAUAGUAGUGUCCUCUAGUGUGUGUGUUUACCACAGUGUGAUGUGGACGUGAUGUUAUUCAUUUGUUCCCUUCUAACUCAUACCUCUAUAUUCCAAGGUCAGGAUGACGUCAUGAUCGCCCACAGCAGUUGUCCAGAGUGUUUCUCUAUUAAUCCUUUUAUUCAAUAUCACGGUUAUAAACCCACCGCUGGCUCUGGAACUAGACUGUCUGAGAGACGGGUGUGUGUGUGUGAGAGUUGUCAUUCCAUUAAUGAUCCCAGAACUGGAGUCCCACAGAAAAGAGAAAGAGAAAGAGAGGAGUGUGAUAUUUGGUGAAAAAUAUAGUACAGGGAAUGAGUUCAAUUGGGAUAUGUCAUUGGUAUUGAUGAUAGGAAACCUCUCUCUCCCUCUCUCCCCUCCUCUCCUCUCCCAGGUUCUACUGGGAUCCGAUCAUGUUGUGUUUGAUGAUAGGAAACCUCUCUCUCCCCCUCUCCCCCUCUCCCCUCUCCCAGGUUCUACUGGGAUCUGAUCAUGUUGUGUCUGAUGAUAGGGAACCCUUCUCUCUCCCUCUCUCCCCUCCCCUCCUCUCCCAGGUUUUACUGGGAUCCGAUCAUGUUGUGUUUGAUGAUAGGAAACCUCUCUCUCCCUCUCUCCCCUCCUCUCCUCUCCCAGGUUCUACUGGGAUCUGAUCAUGUUGUGUCUGAUGAUAGGAAACCUCUCUCUCCCCCUCUCCCCUCCUCUCCUCUCCCAGGUUCUACUGGGAUCUGAUCAUGUUGUGUUUGAUGAUGGGGAACCGCCCUCUCUCCCCCUCUCCCCUCCUCUCCUCUCCCAGGUUCUACUGGGAUCUGAUCAUGUUGUGUUUGAUGAUGGGGAACCGCCCUCUCUCCCCCUCUCCCCUCCUCUCCUCUCCCAGGUUCUACUGGGAUCUAAUCAUGUUGUGUUUGAUGAUGGGGAACCGCCCUCUCUCCACCUCUCCCCUCCCCUCCUCUCCCAGGUUCUACUGGGAUCUGAUCAUGUUGUGUUUGAUGAUGGGGAACCUGAUCAUCCUGCCAGUAGGAAUCACCUUCUUUAAGGAUGAGAACACUCCUCCCUGGAUCAUCUUCAACGUGGUCUCUGAUACUCUCUUCCUGGUUGACCUGGUCCUCAACUUCAGGACCGGUAUCGUCAAGGAGGACAGCACCGAGAUACUGCUAGACCCCAAGGCUAUCCGUCAGCGCUACCUAAAGAGCUGGUUUGCGGUGGACUUUGUGUCGUCCAUCCCUGUGGACUACAUCUUCCUGAUGGUGGACUUGGAGGCCCGGCUGGACUCAGAGGUUUACAGGACGGCCAGGGCCCUCCGCAUCGUACGCUUCACCAAGAUCCUCAGCCUGCUACGCCUGCUGCGCCUGUCACGACUCAUACGCUACAUCCACCAGUGGGAGGAGAUCUUCCAUAUGACCUAUGACCUGGCCAGUGCCAUGGUGAGGAUAGUCAACCUGAUAGGCAUGAUGCUGCUGCUGUGCCACUGGGACGGAUGUCUACAGUUCCUGGUUCCCAUGCUGCAGGACUUCCCCCUGGACUGCUGGGUCUCCAAGAAUAACAUGGUGAAUGGUACGUGGGGGAUCCAGUACUCCUAUGCCCUGUUCAAGGCGAUGAGCCACAUGUUGUGUAUUGGCUACGGUGCCCAGGCUCCAGAGGGCAUGACAGACGUGUGGCUCACCAUGCUCAGUAUGAUCAUUGGUGCCACCUGCUAUGCCAUGUUCAUCGGCCAUGCCACCGCUCUCAUACAGUCCCUGGACUCCUCACGACGACAGUACCAGGAGAAAUAUAAGCAGGUGGAGCAGUACAUGUCGUUCCAUAAGCUCCCUGCAGAUGUCCGUCAGAGGAUUCAUGAGUACUACGAGCAUCGCUUCCAGGGCAAGAUGUUUGACGAGGAGAACAUACUGGGUGAACUCAGCGAACCACUAAAGGAGGCGAUAGUUAGCUUUAACUGCCGUAGCCUAGUGGCUCACAUGCCGCUGUUUGCUAACGCGGACCCUAACUUUGUGACGGCAGUGCUGACCAAGCUUCGCUUCGAGGUGUUCCAGCCCAAUGACUUCAUCAUCCGUGAGGGCACAGUGGGACGCAAGAUGUACUUCAUUCAACACGGACGAGUCGGCAUACUCACCCGCGGAAACAGGGAGACCAAACUCAGUGACGGGUCCUACUUUGGGGAGAUCUGUCUGUUGACUCGGGGCCGGAGGACGGCGAGCGUCAGAGCGGAUACGUACUGUCGUCUCUACUCCCUCAGUGUGGACAGCUUCAACGAGGUCCUGGAGGAACACCCCAUGAUGAGGCGGGCCUUCGAGACGGUGGCCGUCGACCGGUUGGACCGCAUCGGUAGGAAGAACUCUAUCCUGAUGAGAAAGCCGUCCCAGGCGAGUUCCAUGGCGGGGGGCAGCGGUUUGGGGCGUGGGGGUCAAGGAGGAGGGGGGGUGGGGCUAGGCAUGGGGGGGCUGGGCUCCUGUGACAGCAUGCUGGUUCAGCAGAUCGUUAAACACGACAGCAUGCCAGCCAUGCAGGAGGCCAUCGCUGCUGCCGCUGCAGGAAGGGGAGGUGCCACGGGAGGAAGUGGUACGGUCUCCCCUAGGCCCCACCCACUGAUCUGGGCUCCACUGAUCCACGCUCCGCUCCAGACGGCGGCCGCUACGACUAACGUGGCCAUCGCCCUCAUGCACCAGCAGCAGCAGCAACAGCAGCUUCAACAUCAGCUACAGCAGCAACAUCCCCUGCGCCCCUCUGUGAGUUCCCUCAUUGGGAUGAUGGGGGUAGGAGGGAUGGGGGGGUUGUCCCCUAGAGGGGGGUUUCCUGCCUUCCCAUCCCCCUCACCCUUCCCCAUGGCCCCCCCGGGAGGUGUGAUAUCACCCCCUGUUGCUCAAACCCCACCCACACCGGCCUCCUCUGUCUCCACGUCGGUCCAAUUAGGAAAGACCCUGCACUACAGUGUCCGCCUCCACCCGGAACACUCUUCAGUGAUGGGUGGAACCCCAGGAAUCCCCAAGGUAGGAGGGGCCACCACACCCCAUCUGUUCUACCACGUGAAUCCAACUGCAGCCACCAGUGUCAUGUCAGACACUUGCAGUUCCAUGGCUGGCCAGCAUGGGGCCAAGGAGGCGCUAUUUCGUCACGGAGGCAACAGCAACCAGGGCCUGCCUGCACUUGGGAGGCUCACCCAGGAGGCCAGGCUCCUCUCCGCUUCGCAGCCCACCCUGCCUCAUCGAUCCUGGGCAAGCAUGCAGCCUCACCCCCCUCUCCAGCGGAAGGCCUCUGGAGCCCCUCGGUCCAAACCCAUCCCUACACCUCCCCCUCGCUCUUCUUCCCCCUCUCCUUCCUCCACUCCCCCUCCCUUCUCUCCAAACCCUAACUGCAACCCCCACCCCAGCCUCCACUCCCACCCCAGCCUCCACUCCCACCCCAACCUCCACCCCCACCCCAGCCUCCACCCCCACCCCAGCCUCCACUCCCACCCCAGCCUCCACUCCCACCCCAGCCUCCACUCCCACCCUAGCUCCAACCUCAACCUUGAUUCCCACCCCUUCUUCCAGUAA